AUGAACAAAUUCGUUGCCGUCCUUAUCGCCGCCCUUGCCGCUUCUGCCCAAGCCGAGAACCGUCUUCUUCAGACCGCUGCCCCUGUCGCUGUCCCUGUGAUGACCGUCAUGACACCUGUCGCCACCCCAACUACCGGGUCGUCUUCUUCCGUCAAGUCUGCCAGCAGUUCCAAGUCCUCCUCUUCUCGCAGAAAGCUUCAAACCGCUUCCCCUGUUGCGGUUCCAGUCAUGGUUGUGACACCCGUCGCCACCCCAACCACUGGAUCUUCUUCUUCUGUCAAGUCUGCCAGCAGCUCCAAGUCUUCCUCUUCUCGUCGUGUCUUGUAA